CCCCACCAGGCCUGGCGGGACCAGGAUGCUGCUCCCUCUCCUCCUCCCCGGCCUCACCCAACGCCCCCACCCACCCGAACACCCAGUCUAACUGGAGAGAGCCGGAUGCCGGUUGACCCUGGGCCCGAGGUGGGCAGUGGCUGGCCAGGCCUCCUCAUGUCCUGCCUGAAGGGCCCCCAUGUCAUCCUCAAGAUGGAGGCCAUGAAGAUUGUUCACCCCGAGAAGUUCCCUGAGCUGCCGGCGGCUGCCCCUUGCUUCCCACCUGCACCGCGGCCCACCCCUGCUCUGGCACCCAAACGCGCCUGGCCCUCAGACACAGAGAUCAUCGUCAACCAGGCAUGUGGGGGGGACAUGCCUGCCUUGGAUGGGGCACCCCGCACCCCUCCCUUGCCACGACGGCCCCGAAAGGGCAGUGUGGAGUUGGGCUUCCCCCGAGUGGCGCCAGCAGACGAGGUCAUCGUGAAUCAGUACGUGGUGCGGCCUGGCCCUGCCACCUCGGGGCCCCCCGCUACAGCGGCACCAGCUUCAGGUGAGCCCCUGGAGUGCCCCACCUGCGGGCACACGUACAACGCCACCCAGCGGCGGCCCCGAGUGCUGUCCUGCCUGCACUCCGUGUGUGAGCAGUGCCUGCAGAUUCUCUAUGAGUCCUGCCCUAAGUACAAGUUCAUCUCCUGUCCCACCUGCCGCCGCGAGACUGUGCUCUUCACGGACUACGGCCUGGCUGCACUCGCCGUCAAUACGUCCAUUCUGAGCCGCCUGCCACCUGAGGCACUGACCGCCCCAUCUGGUGGCCAGUGGGGGGGUGAACCCGAGGGCAGCUGCUACCAGACCUUCCGGCAGUACUGUGGGGCCGCGUGCACCUGCCACGUGCGGAACCCGCUGUCCGCCUGCUCCAUCAUGUAGCACCCACCCGCUCGCCACUGCCCGCCAGUCCUUGCUCGCCGCUUCUUCAGGGAUCCGGCCCUGCCCUGUCGCCCGUUGACCCCUCGCCCACCACAGCUUCUGGCCCCUACCCAUGUGGCAUUGUCGCUGCAGCCAACUCUGCCAUUAAAACUCUUUGCCAAAGUUUGCACCUUG